GCCCGGCGGGCCCGGGGAGGGGGUGGCGGGGCCGGGAGGGGCUGCGGGCUCCUCACACCGACCCCGGAGCUGCCGAGAGCGCUGUGGGAGCGCUGGGAGUCUCCCUCGGUAGCCCCGGAGCGGCGGGGUCCGGCCCGGCCGCGCUCAGCCGGGGUUUAUCGGUAUCUGGGCCUAGGGGCGAGCUGCGCUUUGUGCUUUGAGCGCGGAGCUUUCGGGGCCGCUCGUUCCCCUCGCUGGCGGGGAGGGGAUGCCCGGGACCGGCCGGCGGUGCGAGCCGCCCUGGGAAUGCGAGAUUCAAGGGCGCAUGUUUCAAACGUGAGGCGGGGGUGUUGCGUGGGAAGCACUUUGGAGGCUGGGGGCAGCUGUGAUGCACAUCUGUUUGACAAAGGAGGCAUCAGCUUUUCCUAGGCACUUUACAAAACUAACUGGAUUGAAAAAGAAAAAAGAUGAAAGGCAAAGCACAUGCAGGUGAUUUUCAAGUCCAGGAUGUUGUCAAGAAGAAGAAAAAGAAGAAGAGGAAAUCAAAUGAGUCCAACAACCAUGAAUAUGCUGAAACUGUGGAAGAUGCAGAGCCUGGCCACAUUUCCCCAGUGCUUUUUGAAGAUCCAGCAGCACAGGGCAAGGAGGGCAGGGAAAAGAAGAAAAAACUGAAAAAAAAGGCUGAGAAGCAGCAGACUGUGCUGGAUAAUUACUUUGUGAAGGUGGAACAUGGGAUCAGCAAUGGGACUGGAGCAGCUGCUUCCCCGAGGAAGAAGAGGAAGAGGAAGGGUGAGGAGAGCAGCCACGAGCUCAGCGAUGCCAGCUGUGUCCCUGUGAGCCAGGAGUGCCAGGAGGGUGCUGCUGGUUAUGUUUAUUCUAAAAAACACAAGAAGAAAAGGAAACUGAAGCAGCCUGAAGAGGAGGAGGAGGUGUGUGAGCUGCCUCCCUCAGAGGAACACAGCAAGGGCCACAAAGAGAAAGCCAAAAAAAAGAGGAAGAAGAGGAGGGAGGGCCGUGGCCAGGGGGACACAGGUGGAGCAGCUGAGCCACUGCUGUCACCCUCGGAGCAGGACAGGGGGUGGCCUUCACCUGCGGCUGAGGAUGGAGGCUGUGAUGCUUCUUCUGGCAUCACUGAGGUCUCCGUGGAGCUCCCUGCUGGCUUUUCCACACCCAGUAAAGCAGCUGGGAGAGCUGCAAAGACUGCAGCACUUGCUACAAAGGCCCCUAAAAGCAGCCCUUAUGUCAUGGAAGACAGCUCUUCAGAGUCUGAUGUGAUGACUCCAAAAGCCUUGGGGUCACGUGAAGAGCAGCAGAAGCAGCAGAACAAUUCCUUUGCUGAACUGGCAGCCUCUGAUGAGGUCAGUGUGGAUGGUGAAGAAGGGCUGGACUCUGCCAUGACUUCAUUUGUGGAUUUGGAUACUGCAAGACAAGAACUGGAAGAGUUUAUUCCUCAUGUGAAGAAUAUAUCAGACAGUUCAAUCAAGAAAAUGGCUGGAAGAGACCUAAUGAGGUUUAAGGAGUUUAAAAAACAGGGUAUAGCUGUCAAGUUUGGCAGAUUUACCCAGAAAGAAAACAAACAAAUCCGGAAAAACGUUGAAGAGUUCUUAGCACUUACUGGAAUAGACAGUGCUGAAAAACUUUUGUUUACCUCGAGGGAUCCAGAAAAUAAACACACCAUCCAGCGCCUGAAAACAGAACAUCAUUUUUGUGAAAAAAUCUCUGAGGGCAUCCCCCGGCCCUGGAGGUUGAUAUAUUAUCGAGCAAGGAAGAUGUUUGACCCAAAUAAUUAUAAAGGAAGGUAUACUACAGAAGAAAAAGAGCAAUUAAAGAAGUAUCAUGCUCUGCAUGGCAACGAUUGGAAGAAGAUUUCUGAGUUGAUGUCCCGUUCUAACCUCUCAGUUGCUAUGAAAUUCUCUGAAAUCAAGUCAGCUAUUAACUAUGGUCCUUGGACAGAGGAAGAGACCCAGAAAUUAGUGAGUGCAGUGAAAGAUGUGAUGAGGAGAAAGCUGAGAACAGAAAAGCCAAGCUCUCUUUCCUCCCUGGAAGAAUCAAACACGGAUGUCUGGAUCGACCGCGAGCAGCUGUACCAGCCCCUGCCAUGGACUGAGAUUGAAACCAAAGUGGGGAGUCGGUACUGGAGACAAUGCAAACAGAAAUGGAAUUCAAUUUUAACAAACAAAUUGACCAGAGGGCAGAAGUUGCACAGAGGGACCAAUGGAUUACGGACCAAGAUCACUCUUAUUAAAAGGUUGUAUGAAACAAAAGCAGAGGAUGCCAGUGAAGUAAACUGGGAUGAACUCAGUAGUGCUAUGGGAGACGUUCCUAGAGCCUAUGUUCAAUCCAAGUUUUAUAGGCUAAAAGUGUCCUUUGUCCCUUUAUGGAAAAGAAGGACUUUCUCUGAAAUCAUUGACUAUCUGUAUGAAAAUACACUCCCAGAACUUGAAGAAAAGUUAAGGGAAGAAGAGGGGAAAUGCAAUAACUUGGUCAGUUCAACAGCCAGUCAGCAGCAGAAGGCUUUCAGAUUCAGUGACAUUUUUGACUCCAAUGACGAGAGACUCAAUGACAUUUUUGACUCCAGUGAUGAGGGUGAUUAAUGGAUUGUCCUAAAAGCAAUGCCUGAUUUGCAUAUUUAACUGCAAAUGGGUCUGGUUGAAAGUGGGUGCAGCUCACCACCUGCAAGUACCAGGCUGCUGAUGAUGGGAAGAGCCAGGAUAGGCACCUCUGAUUGCCUUGUUUCAUCUUGGAGAUUGAGUUAAACAGAGCUUUUGUGCCACAUUUUAUUUACUUCAGCUCUGGUUUUAGAAGUUUUCAUGUAAGCAUACAAGUUGCUUUCUAAAUGUCUCAAAAUACUUUUUUUUUUGGUGGAGUUGAGAGCUGCUGUUUUCCCUUUAUGAAUGAACUUGGUUUUCACAACUUUAUUUUUUUUAAAUUCAUGACACUGGAAAAAGGUUUCAGUUUGCUUUUAAAACUGUAAUAAUCAAGUCUUAAGACAACUGUGUUGAUGAAAACAGCACAACUUUUAGUGUGUUUUUUUUUUUUUUUUAAACAGGUAUCUUAUUCUUAAAAGCAACUGCUUUUAUUUUUGAUGCAGACUUAUACUUUUCUCAACCCUUUUAGAGAAAAAAAGACUUUUGUCUGUUACUGUUCAUCAUUGCAUGCUAACCAAAACAAAUAUGUUGUAUUUAAUAUUUGGAAUACAGAGACAAAACAGUGUAUAUAUAUACAUAUGCAUACAUAUAUAUUUUUAUUUUGCCAAGGAGAAUUUCUACGUUUUAAUAAGAAAAUUAAGUAAUAAGAUGGAGGUUGUGCUUGUGUUUUGUAUGAUAAUUUUAACUCUCUGCCUGAAGUGAUUAUUUGUAAAUUGACUCAAUUAAUGUAAAAAGCCCCAAAGAUAUCUUAUUAUGUAAAUUCUUUAUAAGGCUUGUUUAUAUUUCCCAUGUGCUGUACUAGACAGUAAAGCAAGAAGACUCAGUCCCUGCUUUUUCAGGGUCAUUUUGAUAAGUGACAAUUUCCCUCUUCAAUUCUAUUAAUCAUCAAUGAAAAUCCAGAACUUUCAAUGGCUUGAAAUAAAGGCCUUGUUGGAGGGUCUGGAAGGUGACUUACAGCAAGGGAUUUUAAAGAAAAACUUCCCAUAUUUAAUUGUGUCUGGCUUUAGUCUCUCUGAAGAUAGAAAGCACUGGGAUUUUUGGGAGACAGGCAAAACCUCCCCUGCACCAGCCACUGCUUUGAGGCAAAAGUUUUCCAGCUAAGAGAUGAAAUGGGAUGGGGGAAGGAAAACACACACCACUUCCACUUAGGUCUUUGUGUGUUGCUUCAUGGGUUUGAAGAUUAAAAACUGAAAAACUUGAAUUUCUGAACCUAAAACGUUUGUCUUUUUUAAGGUGUUGGUUUUUUUUUUUUUUCCCCCUGGAAAAUGGAGAUGCUCUGUAUUGUGUGCAGGCAAGAGCACAAACAAUGCCUGGUUGUGGAGUUUGUAAAGUAAAUCUUGCAGAAAUAAACUUUGUCUCCAUGCUGAGAUGUAUUUUAUUCUUUGCUUUAAAAGAAAACAGUUGUGGCUAAGUGGAAUGCACCUCACUCCAAAGAGAGUGAAAAGAAUACUUUGACAGAGUUCAAUGAAGUUGAUGGAAUUUAAUAAAGUUUUAACAGUGGUUUA